UCCUGCGACAAUUCCGGUACUCUUCGGUGUCCCACGUUUUCUCUGAUGCGCUGGCGGACGUAACCUUGCGGGGUUGGCUGUCAUUUCAUUUUCUCUUUCAAAAGGCGAAACAAUGGCUGGCGAUCAAGUGCAGUUCCACCAGAUACUAAACUCCCUCCUAUCCGUGGACAAUGACGUCCGACAGCAGGCUGAGGAAGCCUAUAACAACAUGCCGGUGGGGGACAAGAUUACACACCUCCUGCUGGCCAUCUCCACCGCAACCUUGGCCGAGGAGGCGCGCUUGAUGGCGGCUGUUGUGCUGCGGCGACUCUUCUCCUCGGAGUUCCAAGAGUUCUAUCCUCUGCUUCCACCAGAGCUUCAGGGGCAGCUGAAGCAGCAAAUAGUGACACUGGUGCAGCAGGAUGAGUCACCGAAUAUGCGCCGCAAGAUCUGCGAGGUGGCGGCCGAAGUGGCACGGAAUUUGAUUGACGACGAUGGCAACAAUCAGUGGCCAGAGUUCCUGAGUUUCCUCUUUCAGUGCGCCAGCACGACUAAUUCCACCCUCCACGAGUCCGCGCUGCAAAUCUUUGCCUCCGUGCCGGGAAUCUUCGGCAACCAGCAGAAUCAGUACUUGGAGGUGAUUAAGCAGAUGCUGACCAAGUCCAUGAGUCGUGAGGCCACGCCGGAAAUCCGCUUUCAAGCCGUGCGCGCGGUGGGAGCUUUCAUUCUGGCGCACGAAAAGGAAGUGAACAUCCAGAGGAGCUUCACUGACGUCCUGCCGCGUUUGAUCUUCAUUAUUGCCGAGAGCAUUGAGCAGCAAGAAGACCAGACACUCAUCAAGCUCUUGAUAGACCUGACGGAGUCGUGUCCGAAGUAUCUGAAGGCGCAGAUUGAGGCCAUCUUCGAGAUGUGCAUGAAGGUGUUCCGCAGCCAGGAUGUGGAGGACGCGUGGCGCCACAUGGCGCUCGAGGUGAUGGUUUCCCUGUCAGAGAACGCCUCGGCGACGGUGCGAAAGCGCUGCGACAAGUUCAUCAUCGCCCUCAUUCCUCUCGUGCUGCAAAUGAUGACGGAUCUGGAGGACGAUGACUCGUGGUCGGUGUCUGAAGUGUCGGAGGAAGACAACAGUGACAACAACAUCAUCGCCGAGUCCUCGCUUGAUCGCCUGGCGUGCGGUCUGGGCGGCAAAAUGGUUUUGCCGCAGAUCAUCGACAAUCUGCCGACGAUGCUCAACAGUCCGGACUGGAAGCAGAGACACGGCGCCCUGAUGGCCAUCUCGGCCGUCGGCGAGGGCUGCCACAAGCAGAUGGAGUCCAUCCUGGAGAGCAUCAUGAGCGGCGUGCUGGUCUACCUGCGCGAUCCACAUCCACGUGUCCGCUAUGCCGCCUGCAACGCUAUUGGGCAGAUGUCCACGGACUUCGCCCCGGUGUUUGAGAAGAAGUUCCACGAGCAGGUGGUGCCCGGACUUCUCAGUCUCCUGGACGACGUGGAGAAUCCGCGCGUGCAGGCUCAUGCCGGUGCGGCACUGGUGAACUUCAGUGAGGACUGCCCGAAGGCCAUUCUCACGCGCUACCUCGAUGCCAUCAUGACGAAAUUGGAGAUUAUUCUCAAGAUGAAGUUCAAGGAGUUCUGCGAGAAAGGGACAAAACUCGUCCUCGAACAGGUGGUGACAACAAUCGCGUCUGUGGCUGACACUGCAGGGAAGGACUUCAUCACUUACUACGACCGCCUCGUGCCAUGCCUGAAGUACAUCAUCCAGAACGGAAAGACAGACGACAUGAAGAUGCUGCGCGGGAAGACAAUCGAGUGCGUGAGUCUCAUUGGAUUGGCCGUGGGUCCGGAGAAAUUCGUGCCCGACGCCAGUGACGUGAUGGACAUGCUGCUGAAGACGCACACGGAGAAUGAGCUGCCGGACGAUGAUCCGCAGACGGCGUACUUGAUCUCCGCCUGGGCGCGCAUCUGCAAGAUCCUGGGCAAGCAGUUCGCCCAAUACUUGCCACUGGUAAUGGGACCGGUGAUGCGAACGGCGUCUAUCAAGCCCGAAGUGGCGCUGCUGGAUAAUGAGGAGAUCCAAGACAUCGAGGGCGACACAGAUUGGCAGUUUGUGAACUUGGGUGAGCAGCACAACUUUGGCAUCCGCACGGCGGGUCUGGAAGACAAGGCGUCCGCGUGCGAGAUGCUUGUGUGCUAUGCGCGUGAGCUGAAGGAGGAAUUCGCUGACUAUGCCGAGGAAGUGGUGCGUCUGAUGGUGCCCAUGCUGAAGUUCUAUUUCCACGACGGCGUGCGCACGGCGGCGGCCGAAUCGCUGCCAUAUCUGCUGGACUGUGCCAAGAUCAAGGGCUCGCAGUACCUCCAGGGCAUGUGGCAGUACAUCUGUCCAGAACUCCUCAAGGCCAUCGAUUCGGAGCCCGAGGCGGAAGUGGUGCCAGAAUUGCUGCACUCCUUCGCCAAGUGCGUCGAGACUCUGGGGCCGAAUUGUCUCACCAAUGAUGCAAUAGAGCAGGUGCUGAAGCUCAUCAAUAAGUUCAUGGACGAGCACUUCCAGAAGGCGGAGAAGCGCGCCCAGGCGCGAAAGGAGGAAGACUACGAUGAUGGCGUGGAGGAACAAUUGGCAGAGGAGGACAACAUUGAUGUGUAUCUGCUGUCGCGUCUCUCCGAUGUUAUUCAUGCGCUCUUCUUCACCUACAAGGCGGGAUUCAUUCCGUACUUCAGCCAAUUGAUUCCGCACUUCGUCAAACUGCUCGAUCCGUCGCGUCCGUGGUCUGAUCGACAGUGGGGACUGUGCAUUUUCGACGACCUGAUUGAGUUCACUGGACCGAUGUGUGCCGAAUACCAGCACUUCUUCCUGGAGCCGAUGCUGCAGUACGUGACGGACAAGAAGGCUGAGGUUCGGCAGGCGGCGACGUAUGGAUGUGGCGUGAUAGGUCAAUAUGCGGGUGAGCAAUUUGCCAUGGCGUGCGCGCAAAUGAUUCCACGAUUGGUGGAAGUGGUAAACAGUCCAGGGAGUCGCGAGCCGGAAAAUGCCAGUUCCACUGAAAAUGCCAUCUCUGCAAUCACCAAAAUUCUCAAAUACAACAACACAGCCUUGACAAAUACAGAUGAGAUCAUAAAUUUGUGGUUCUCGUGGCUUCCGGUGGUUGAGGAUGAGGAUGAGGCCCCGCACGUGUACGGAUAUCUGUGUGAUUUGAUCCAGGCGAAUCAUCCCGUGAUUCUGGGGGCCAACAAUGCACACCUGCCGCGAAUUCUGUCGAUAAUUUCGGAGGUGUUUGUGCGCGACCUGAUUCCCGUGCAGCAUCCGGACGCGACACGGUUGCUAGGCAUUGUAAAGCAACUGGAGCAGAAUCCGGAGGUGUUUCAGGCGUGCGUGAAUGUCCUGACGCCAGAACAGAAGCACGCCCUCGAGGAGGCAUUCAGGGACAUGACGACAACUUCCGCCUAAGUUUACGCGCGAGCACUCUUUAUUUUAACUUCUCCUCUUCCUUGUCCGCGAGAUUGGUAUUCAUCUGUUACUCAUCGAGGACAAAGGAAACGAAUUAAGUAACACACACGAGGUAUAUUUUAUUGAUUUAUACAUUAAUUUUUAAAUUGAUUGCAUGUGGCGAGAGAGGCACAAUGAUUAUGUUGUGUUGGUGUCAACGUGGCUGGAAGAAGUUCGGCUCUAGCAAAAUGUGGGAUUCAGAUGAAAAUAAUACAAUUAAUUGUUUAAUGAUUCAGUGCAACAGUUCACAUUAAUAGAUGUCCUUCCAAAAAAAGAACACUAGAGAGAUUAGCUGUAGGCACGAUAUCGCUUUAUGCUGCAAUUGAAAUCCGCCACGGUGAUAAAAAUACAUUGAGGAAGAAAAUCCCUCAAAAACAACAACAAACUAUAUCUGAUCACAUUUUAAUUGUUACUAAAAUAAAAAAAAAUUCACAUUGUAUUGUUAAAUAGACCAGAAGCAACUUGAGAUGUCUAAAUUCACUCCUUUGGCCUAUUUUUCUGUAUAAUUUCUUCUGAUGCUGUGAAAAUAUUAAUCUAUACUUUAUAAAAUAUGAUAUAUAAAACAGUACUGUAAUGAAUUUAAAAAGAAAAAAAAAUACGGAAGACAUAAAAAUUGUAGUAAUCUUUUAAGUAAUGAUUAUAUUGCUUUGUUGUAAUUGCAGUACGAAAAGAAGAACAAGAGAAGAAAAAUAUGUAUAAUGGAUGGUGAGAUAAAAGAAAUUAUAACUUAA